AUGUCAGACGUGAGCCCAGAUGAAGCAGAGCGUCGCUACAACUUCGGCUUUUCAGUGCCAGAAGAAGAAAAGCUGUACAAAAUCAAUGCCCUUUGCAAAGGAUUGACCACGUAUCGCUUCACACAGGGCUGCUACUAUGCCUUGAAAACCAGCUCCACUUCAUCGUCGGCCGUUCAGCUGUAUGAUAAGCGACUCAAGAAUGUGAUGGCAUUGCUUCGAAUCGAUUGGGCGCACAAGCCCGGAGGAUACUGCCAUAUAAACCUCAAUCCGAAGCCAGCCGGCCUGAAGAGGGACCCACAUCUAUGGGUUCCAUACGGGACACCAUGGGUGUCGAAGCGAGUAGCCGAUGCCGCCAAGACGCUCAAUGACUGGCUACCUCUGAUCACCACCUCAAUUAUGGCAUAUUAUACGGCACGAGCGAUACAGAAAGACUACGAAGACGGCACUUACGAAAACACAGCAACGUACGCCGCGCGCACCGCUGGAACGUAUACUGGAGCCGCUUUCGGAGGCAAAGCGGGUUCAAUUGCUGGCUCAGCCGUCUUGCCGGGCGUCGGAACCGCAGUUGGAGGUCUUGUUGGUUCCCUCGCCGGUGCCUGGUAUGGCGACGAUGUGGUGGCCCAAUGCGCUGCGGACCCCGAAUUCAAGAAGAAAGCUGGAGAGACGAUCGGCUCGGUCUACACCGGCGUCGCCCAGACUGCAGGCCCCGCCAUGACUUCCAUCUACAAUGGAGCCGGAGAUUUGGCCUCCGGCUGCACAGCGACCGUCGGAUCUGUAGCCGGGAAAGCCGCCCAAUAUGCCGCGGACUCGAAUCUGCCCGGAAAGGCCGGUGCAGCGUACACGGCUGUCACUCAAAGCACUGGCCAAGCGAUCGGUGCCAUCUACAAUGGCAUCGGCCAGAAUGCUGGCCCUGCCGCUUCUUCCAUCUACCACGGAGCUGGAAAUCUUGCCUCGAGCUGCUCAGCGGCUGUCGGAUCAGUUGCCGGAAAAGCUGCACAAUAUACGGGAGUCGCUCAAAAUGCCGGACAGACAAUCGGUAGUGUACAGCCACACCAGACGAAGAUGGAUCCGGAUAUGCUCGGUCUGCAUGAUUUUCUACGGUCACUGUCAGCAUUCGACUACUUCGUUGCUUCCGAAUUCUCGAUGAAGACUAGUUGGACAGCUGCUUCUGCAGUUAAGAUAUUUCACAUGGUGCGUUAUCGUCACAGGUACGGCGAGCGUGACGGUGUCGUGUUGCGCGUCGACCAUCCGCACGCUUACGGGGCCAACUACGCCCACGUCAAUCUCGACUCGGAGUAUGCAGGUCUUGACAAGGACCCGCACUUUUGGAUCCCUCCUGGCAGCCCUUAUCUGGCUGCCUUAGUCGGAUCUAUUGGUCGCUUUCUCUACCGCUGGUCACUCAGGGCGAGCACCUGCUUCGCGAUCUAUGGUCUCGGCGCAGCAUUAGUGAGGGAUUUCGAUUACUAUGAUGGGCACACAGUAUCGUACAUCGGUCGAUUUGUUGCGUUAUAUUUUGUCCCAGGAUUUGCUGCAACCGUCGUCUCUUGGAUUGGAACGCGCGUGAUGCCCGUCUUGGGCACAACUUCCUACGGCUUUAUCGGGGCUUGCCUUGGUUGUGGAGCCCUUUCCGGUGAACUGUCUCAUGUUGGGCCCCUCAUGUGGGUGGGAGCGUACUUUUUUUCCUGGAUCGGUGCGAUCGUCGGCUCGUGGAUCGGCGGGUGCCUCUUUCCGGGCAUUGGCACGUUAUUCUGCGGCGUGACGGGAUCAUUGAUGGGUGGCUGUCUAUUGAUUGAA